GGGAUAAAUUAAUAUCAUCAUCAUGAAUGAUUGAUUUUUAAGUAAUUAUGUGUAAUUUAUUAAUAAAAAUAAUUUAUCUUUAAUGUAUUACAAAUUAGACAUAAAAUCUAACCAUAAAAAUUAUCAGAUUUCAAUCAGAAAUUUGUAGUCUAACUGAGAAUUAUAGUGUUAUAUAAAGUGUAGAGUGGACUAUAAUUCAUUUAAAAUUGAAUAAUUUAGACAGUUGAAAUAGAAAAUAUAAAGUGGUACACUAUCCACUUAAAUAAGUAUAGAUAUAUUACAUAUGAAGUAAUUUAAAUAAAUAACAGUUAAUAUAACAAAAGUGUGGUUAUAACUAAUAACUGAGAAGAUGCUCUCUAAAUGUAUUCUAUGUCACAGAUUCAACAGAAUAAAACCUACAUCUUUUAAUCCUAUGCAUAUUCCUUCUUAUCGAUAUGCUAACAACAACUUUAUAGUUCUUGGUAUUGAGACAUCAUGUGAUGAUACUGGCACUGCAAUAAUUGAUAAAAAGGGAAAUUUAUUUGCUGAAACGCUAUUGUCACAAAAUGUUAUACAUCUCCGGUAUGGUGGUGUUAAUCCAUUGAUUGCCAGAGAUCUGCAUCGUGAUAAUAUAGAAAGGGCAGUAAAUGAAACAGUUAUGAAAGCAAAACUGCAAUUUCAAGAUAUUGAUGCCAUUGCAGUAACCGUCAAGCCUGGUUUAUUGUUUAGUUUGCAAAUUGGUGUAAAAUAUGCUAAGUAUUUAUCAAAAAUAUAUCACAAACCUUUAAUACCUAUACAUCAUAUGGAAGCACAUGCAUUAGUGGCAAGGAUGUAUAACAAUAUAGAUUUUCCUUUUCUCGCCUUGUUAAUAUCAGGUGGUCAUUGUUUAUUAACAUGUGUAAGAGGUACAGAUGAUUUUCUUCUACUUGGGGAUACUUUAGAUAAUGCUCCUGGUGAAGUACUUGAUAAAGUAGCAAGAAGGAUGAAACUAAGAAAUAUACCAGAUUAUUCUCAACUACCAGGUGGAAGGGCUGUGGAAUUAGCAGCAGAGAAAGCCAAAACUUUUGAAGUAUUUGAAUUUCCUUUACCACUCCAUAAACAAAGGGACUGUAAUUUUAGUUUUAGUGGGUUAAAAGAUGCAUUUUCUAGACAUUUAUAUAAAAAAGAGUCUGAGCAUAACAUUAAAGGUGAUGAAAUUAUUCCAGAAGUGAAUGAAUUGUGUGCUUCAUUUCAAUAUGCUGUUGCAAAGCAUAUUGUCCACAGGGCAGAGAGAGCUUUAAAGUUUUGUAUAUUACGUAAUUAUAUUCCUGUAGAUAACAGUACUUUAGUAGUGUCUGGAGGAGUUGCUUCAAAUAAUUUCAUUUUUAAAUGUUUGCAAUGUAUGGGGAAUGCAAUGAAGUGUAAUGUAUUACGACCACCCCCCAAAUUAUGCACUGAUAACGGAAUUAUGAUUGCCUGGAAUGGCAUUGAGAAAAUUAAUAGUGGUUAUCCUUUGACAGACAUGGAAUUAAUAGAUAUUGAUCCAAUUGCACCUCUUGGUGUCAAUGUCAAAGAUGAAGUAAGAUAUGAUAAUAUUCAUGUUAAGUCUACAAGAUUAAAAAAUAUGUUUAUAUCAGCAUAAA